GGGCAACCCUCGGUUAAAGGACAACAUAAUAAAUAAAUAAACGAAAAACAAUAAACAAUAAUUAAUGGCGUUGAUUACGCGCUUGUGUCGACGCACCUACUCGACUAAACUAAAGGACCAUCAGGCAGCUUUGAUGGCCCGCAGUUUGCCAAAGCGUGAGGUGCUCCCGGGCGUGCAGGACCUUAUUGUUGUAGCCUCUGGCAAAGGUGGCGUAGGCAAAAGCACCGUAGCGGCAAACCUUGCAUGCAGCUUGGCUAAAUUGGGAGCGAGAGUUGGCCUGCUGGAUGGUGAUAUUUUCGGACCAAGCAUUCCACUUUUAAUGAAUGUGCACAGUGAACCGCUUAUAAAUGAAAAGAAUCUUAUUAUCCCUCCUCAGAACUAUAAUGUCAAGUGUCUGUCCAUGGGCAUGUUAACGCCACCAGAUGGAGCCAUUAUUUGGCGUGGACCUCUGGUCAUGUCAGCCGUACAGCGUCUACUUAAGGGUGCCGAUUGGAGUCCAUUAGAUGUAUUGGUUAUUGAUACACCGCCGGGCACUGGCGAUGUACAUCUAUCACUAACACAACAUGCACCAAUAUCGGGUGUGGUACUGGUUACCACACCACACAAAGCUGCGGUGGAUGUGACAAUACGAGGCGCCGAAAUGUACCAUAAACUGAAGGUGCCCAUCUUUGGUUUGGUCGAGAAUAUGCGCUACUCCAUCUGCGGCAGCUGCAAGGAACGCACCGAGUUUUUCAAGGGACAAACUGAAAUGGCUAAGAGGUUGCCAGAAACUAUAAUUUCAUUACCACUCGAAUCACAUAUUGCCGAGUGCGGAGAAUCUGGUGUGCCCGUUGUUAUUAAAUAUCCAAACUCGGAGUAUGCCAAGCUAUUCAAUCAGCUAGCUAGUCAUAUUUGGAGUAUAUUGGAAGAGAAGAAACGUACAAGUGACUCAGACUCAGCUAAAGAGGAUAAACUAAAAUAAAACCUAAAAUGAAGAUUGAUUCUUAGUUUGUGAUGAACUCAGGCUCUAAACCAAAUGAAGCUACUUGAAGUGUUA